AGCGGGCGGCCCGUCCGUCCGCUUUCGGUGGGGCUUGGAGGGGAGCGGGAAGCGGCGGGAGUUCCGUUCUCUCAGCGUGGCGGGAGUCUCUUGGCUGGGGGCACCGGCCUCGCUUCCGCCACGGCCCGGCCCGGCCCUUAUCUCACGGUGGGCCCCAGUGGGGCGGCCCACGCCGCCAUUAGCUGGCCCCGGCGCUGGGCGGCGGGAAGCCGCGGCAGGGGGUGAGGAGGAGCUGUUGGAUACUUGUAACUUCCCCAAACCCGCGGGCGGGACAGGCCUCGUGUCCCUGACCCUCGCCCUGCAGGGCGGAGGUACCGCCUCUGGCCGCGGUGGGGCCGGGGAGGCCUCGGCUUUAGCACUCUGGAAUUUUCCUUGUGUGUGUGAGUCAUGGCAGAUCAGGAGUAUGUUCUCUGCAUGUGGAAUAAGCGUUUAUGGCCAGCAAAGGUUUUGUGCAAAACUGGAGUUGCUGGGAAAACAUCUGUUACUAAUGAGAAUGUGACUACUUUUAAAGUUAAAAUACUUGGCUUGAAAGAACAGAUUAGUGUGAACUGUGCAGAUACUGUACCACUGAAGGAAGAGUGUAUAGAAGAGAUCGCUUCUAGCUUAGAUCAAGGGAAUAGCUCGAGUGAGGCUGUGGAAGAACUGAAAUAUCGCUGUUCUCUUAAAAUUGCCCUGGAUAUUUUGAAUCAGAAUGGCUCAGCCCAACAAGAACUACCUUCAGAAGAAGGACCAAACACUCAGUUAUCCCAGGAGAAUGAUGCAGGAUCUCUCCUGUCUACCCCCUCAUGCAGAUGUCGAUUGCUCUUUCGCUCAAAAGAAAAGUUGGAGCCUGAGAUUUCCAGGAGGAAAACAGAACAAAACACUAACCCCAGCCUGAAGACUGAUACAAAAAAUCCAAACCAGAAAUCCUCCCUCAUUUUGGAGGAGAGUGCUAAAGGACAGGAAAGUGGAACAAGCCCUUCCAGGUGCAGUACUGGGGACUUGUGUAAUAUGUCAAAUUCACAUAGUGAAGAUUGCAAAACAGCGGAAUCAAAAUCACUACCAAGACAGAAAAACAUCAAGCCCGUCUUGUUGACAAAGUCCAACCCGGGAAGUAAAGUCUCCCUUAAGCCUAAGGAGGGAAAAAAGAAGGAAGGGAAAAAAAGGCCCAGAGGUGCAGGAUCACCUGUGUCACCUGGGAGUGAUUUCCCCAUGGAUCAACCCCAGCCCCUCGCCAAGAAGGGGUCCCCUCUGCCUGUCUCCUGCGAGUCUGACACGGCGCUGCCUCUGCCAAGGGCAAACGCCAAAAAGGAACCUGGAAAGAUGCUACUGGAUUCCUCUUGUACAAGUGCCUCAGGUGACAGCAUCGGUAGCAAGAGCAGAAGCCUGGCAGAGCAGUUAGAUGGAAGGAGAACGCCAAUGAGUUUAAACCAGGUUAAUGGAGAAGAGGAGGUUGGUGCAACCAUGUCCUCGUACAGAAAAAGGAGAUGUGGGAGUUGCUCUGAAUCUUCAUCUGGGCCUUCUAACCACGGGACACUUUCUGAUAGCUUCCCCUCUCAGCAUAAAGAGGAGGAAAAUAAGAAAACUUCACGUAUGUUUAUGAAGAAAAUAAAGCACUUUCAGCUGCCUGACUUUGAGGAAGAUGAAGGACUGGAAUUGUCUGACCUGUCUUCAGAGAUAGUUUCCUCGGAGAGUCUGUCUCGCCUCUCAGCUCUGGUAGAUGAAGAGGAGGAAGAGGAGGAGGAACUUCCUUGUAUUUUAUCACAUCACGAACCGCAGUCAUUUGAAGAAGGGCUUUUGGUCUGGUGCAAACUGCGGAGUUACCCCUACUGGCCUGCAGUGGUGAAAUACGUGAAGCGGAAACUCAGAAAGGCAUACGUGCUGUUAAUAGAAGAGAAUACAAAUUGCAAGAAAAAAGGGUUCUCAGUACCAUUUAAGAAUCUGAAGCACUUUGAUUGUGAAGAAAAGCAGGAGCUCAUAGAACGAGCCAGAGAAGAUUAUCGCCGGGAAAUCGAGUGGUGUAUCCAGCUGAUUUCUGACUAUCGCGUUAGAGUGGGUUGUCAUUCUUUUACGGGAUCCUUCUUGGAGUAUUUCGCUGCUGAUAUCAGCUACCCAGUUAGGAAGGCGGGUUAUUCAGGUUUAGUCCAAAUGGCCUUUCCAAACACGUCAGAAGAAGAUGUUGAAGAGUCUUCAUCAGAACUUUCACCUCAGAAACCCUCCAAGAAACUUCUCCCUGACAGAACAAGAGCUGCCAGAGAUAAAGCGAAUAAAAAGAUAGUGGAGUUUAUAGUGAAGACUAAGGGGGCUGAAGAGCAUCUUCUGGCUAUUUUGAAAAGCAGAAAACCAUCACGGUGGCUGAAGGAAUUUCUAAAUUCGAGUCAGUACGUGACCUGCGUGGAAACGUAUUUAGAGGAUGAAGAACAAUUAGACCUUGUAGUGAACUACUUGAAGGAAAUGUAUCACGAAAUAGACACUAAAAAUCUUCAUUGGAUUAAUGGAGAUGGAAUAAAAUUUAUUUCAGAUGUCCUUUUGCCUGAAGCCAUCAUUUAUGCCAUCUCUGCUGUGGAUGACAUAGAUUACAAGAAGGCAGAAGAGAAGUACAUAAAGGGACCAUCUGUGGGCAAAAGGGAGAGAGAAAUAUUUGACGAAGAAAUUCUAGAAAGAAAAAAGUGGAAGAGCAAUCUCGACUCUGCAGACAGCGUCUGAGCCGUGGUGCCAGUGGUCCCAAGUCACCCCGGCACUGGGCGUGUGUGUAUAUAGUGACGUGGUUCUUGGUAUAAACCCUGUCAUUUCUACUUUUAAAGUUCCCAUGUGUACUCCAGAGCUGUAGUGGCUGUGCUGCUCUGAUACAAUUGUCCCUCGGCGCCGCGUCCCCGGGCUCCGUGUCCUGGACCGCAGCGGGCGUGCGGCCGCCCGGCCCCUGGGUGCUCUCCCCGUGGAACUUGCACAGAGUCCAGGUGUCCUGCAGAGCUUCUCAAUAAACUGUUUUUAUUCAUUAUUUGGGCCAAAUCCAUGGCGAAGGAGGGGGCGUUGUCCUGACGAGUGUUGAGGCGCUGCUGAGGGUUCCCGCCUGGAAACGCUUCCCCCGGGGCGGCUGCUCUGCCUCGGCGUGGCUCCAGGCCUGGGAGUGAAACUGGUACCUACUGACGCCAUCAGGAUGAGGAAGGCUUGCUUUCUGUUGGUAGGACAGCUGUAAAAUUCAGUGGAAAAGGAAUCCAGUGUUUGCUUAAACAAAAAGCGUUCACUUUUCCAUUUAGAAGUGAAAGUGUUUUAAGUUCUGUUUUAUUGGGUUUCACUGGGGCCAUGCAUUUAGGAGUACUUUUAAUUGUCUUUAUCUGACUUAAUUAUCAAAUUUAAUCGUGUCAUUCCCCCUGCAGCUUCUGCUGAAGGCAUAGCAUUGCCACGGGCUGUUGACAGACUUGUGGUGCUGAGAAGUCUAAUGACAAAAGCCCAAUGAUUAGUAUUUUUCCAUAUUGUAAUGAAAAUGUGAUCUACUUGCUUGUCUGAUAGGAACUGAAGUGAAUUGAAAUUAAGGAAGAAGUUUAAAUGUAAAUUGGGAUACAGCUGUGUAUUCUGGCUAUAGUAAUUAAAAUAUAUUCAUUUAAUUCUACUUUUAAUUAUUCUGUGCUCUG